UCUAAGUGGGGAAGGAAGGCUUUUAAAAAAAAGAAGUCAAAGUGCGUGUGGUUCUUCUUAUCACGAAACGGCAGCACGUGCAGGUUUCAAAAACCGCUCGACAGAUUUGCCUAUCUAUUUUAAGAAAGAAAGUGGCGAUUCUCACAGUCGCCGGCGAGCAGAUCCAGAUGAUGAUGAUGAUGAUGCCGAGAUGCUUCGUUUCUCUAAUUCAAGCCUUCUUCUUAUCGCUGGUAUUGCUGCUGCUACAUCAUGUGGGUGGAGAGUCACAAGCAGCCAGCAGCCACCACCGAGAACUUCUAGCUUACCGUCGUCCGUUGCAAGAUUGUCCUGGAUGUACUACUACAACUGCUUCCUCUCUUCCUGCACUUCACUACGAUCCAGAUCUCAAAGAUGUGAACAUAGUUGCCACCUACAGUGACCAUCACGGUAAUAUACGCCUUGGUAGUGUCAAAAUGGGUCAUCUUUCAUCUUCUUGGCUUUUCCACAAUCCUCUUCUUCCUCUCCCCAACAACAACAAACCUCCUUCUCAGCUAGUGACACCGCGGGAUUCAUUUCAAAAUGAUUCUAGAAUGGAAGAGAGUGCAAGUUAUUCUUCUACUAAUCAGACCGAGAACCAUUUUCCACACGUGGAGUUUACAAGCCCUGCGAAACUGAAGCGUCAGAGUUUACGUCAAGAAAGGAGAGCUCAACGUACUCUGGAGCUCAUCCAACAAGAUAAGGAAUCUGAUAAGCAAAUGCAAGAAGCUGCCAUUCACAAGUCCAUGACCUUUGAAAACUCUCUCGUUGGCAAAUACAGUAUAUGGAGGAGAGACUUUGAGAGCCCCAACGCUGAUGCUAUCUUGAAGCUCAUGAGAGACCAGAUCAUUAUGGCUAAAGCUUAUGCCCAUAUCGCCAAAUCCAAAAAUGCAUCCAAUCUCUACCUUUUCUUGAUGCAGCAGAGUAGAGAAAAUCAACGUGUUCUGGGAAAAGCAACUUCUGAUGCUGACCUUCCUUCAAGAGCGCUUGAACAAGCAAAAGCCAUGGGCCAUGCUCUCUCUCUGGCAAAAGACGAGUUAUAUGACUGCCAUGAACUUGCAAAGAAGUUUCGGGCCAUGCUUCAAUCCACUGAACGCAAUGUAGAUGGACUGAAGAAAAAGGGCACCUUCUUAAUUCAGCUGGCCGCCAAGACAUUUCCACAGCCAUUGCAUUGCCUGAGUCUGCAGCUAGCGGCAGACUAUUUUCUUCUCGGUUUCAAUGAAGAGGAGGAGGAUGUAGUCAAAAAGGAUGCCAAGUUUGAAGAUCCUUCUCUCUAUCACUAUGCCAUCUUUUCAGAUAACGUCCUGGCAACAUCAGUCGUAGUCAACUCCACUGUCCUGAAUGCCAAGCAACCGGAGAAGCAUGUCUUCCAUAUAGUAACAGACAAAUUGAAUUUUGCUGCAAUGAAGAUGUGGUUUCGCGUCAAUGCUCCUGCUGAUGCCACGAUUCAAGUUGAGAACAUCAAUGAUUUUAAGUGGCUCAACUCCUCUUACUGCUCUGUUCUACGUCAGCUUGAAUCCGCAAGGCUUAAAGAAUACUAUUUCAAAGCAAACCAUCCUUCGUCUAUCUCUGCUGGCGCAGACAAUCUCAAGUACCGAAACCCAAAGUACCUAUCGAUGCUGAAUCAUCUGAGAUUCUACCUGCCUGAGGUGUAUCCGAAGCUGGACAAGAUCCUGUUUCUUGACGAUGACAUUGUGGUGCAAAAAGACCUGGCACCUCUAUGGGAAGUAGACAUGCAAGGAAAAGUGAAUGGUGCGGUGGAGACGUGUAAAGAAAGCUUCCACAGAUUUGACAAGUACCUCAACUUCUCUAAUCCAAAGAUCUCAGAGAAUUUCGAUGCGGGGGCUUGCGGGUGGGCGUUUGGCAUGAAUAUGUUUGACCUGAGAGAGUGGAGGAAAAGGAACAUCACUGGGAUAUAUCAUUACUGGCAAGACAUGAAUGAAGAUAGAACGCUGUGGAAGCUGGGUUCGUUGCCACCGGGGUUAAUCACAUUCUACAACCUGACCUAUGCAAUGGAGCGGAGCUGGCACGUGCUGGGGCUAGGCUAUGACCCAGCUCUCAACCAGACAGCUAUAGAGAAUGCAGCGGUUGUGCAUUACAAUGGGAACUACAAGCCAUGGCUGGGCUUGGCGUUUGCCAAGUACAAACCUUACUGGUCCAAGUACGUCGAGUACGAUAACCCUUACCUCCGUCUAUGCAACAUCAAUGAAUGAAGAGGUUGGACUUUGGAAGAGUAGAUGAGUGAAGCACACACACGAGGAGACAAGACCAUAAUACAUAUUUUUUGUUUUAGUAUACCAUAGAAACCAAUCAAGAGAGGGCGAGGAUAAAUAAGACCAAUCUAUCUUUUAUUACUUUAAGUAUUAAGUCUUUGCUUCUUCUU